UUUUGAAGUACAUAACUUCCGGUAGGCCGGGUUGCUGUUUUCUUCCACAGCUCAGAAUUCAGUGUUGCUGUCAUGGACUUACAGACAUACGAGGCUUAUGGAAUUACCAUUUUCUAAAUUUUAGAAACACCACCCCUGUCUGGACUGAUAGUGGCGGGGAUGCGGCAUCGACAUGGGAAAUCUUUUCGGAAAAAAGAAAGCAACUCGGGUGACCGAGCAGGACAGAGCUGUGCUGCAACUCAAGCAGCAGAGAGAUAAACUGAAGCAGUAUCAGAAGAGGAUCACUUUUCAUGUAGAAAAAGAGCGACAACUGGCCAAACAGUUAUUGAAAGAUGGAAAGAAAGAGAAAGCACUCCUACUCCUCAAGAAGAAACGCUACCAGGAUCAGUUACUGAACAAAACUGAAAAUCAGAUAAGCAACCUGGAGCGGAUGGUACAAGAUAUUGAAUUUGCACAAAUAGAGAUAAAAGUCAUUGAAGGACUGAAAGUUGGCAAUGAUUGCCUGAAGAAAAUGCAUGAGAUGCUGUCCAUAGAGGACGUGGAGAAGAUCAUGGAUGAAACACAUGAUGCCAUUGAGUAUCAGAAGCAAAUUGAUGAUAUGCUGGCGGGAUCUCUGACCCAGGAGGAUGAGGAGGCUGUGCUAGCAGAGCUGGAGGCCAUCACUCAGGGAGAUGCUGACCUUGAACUUCCUGAGGUGCCUGAUGAAGAACUACCAGAGGUUCCAGAGCAAGAGCCAGUGCGGGAGAAGGAGAGGGCGAAAAAGAAACCAGAGCGAGAAAUGGUGGCAGUGUAAAUAAAGAUCUGUCCAUCUGUACAUCCGUACCUCCAUGUCUUCUCUCGAGCCAUCCCACUGGAGACCCCUAGGGCUCAUCCUAAACAAAACUCUGAGGAGUGAUUAACAGUCCUCCUCCUCAUACAUGUUGAAGACCCUACAUCAAUGCCAUUUUUUAAAAUUGUAUAUACACAGCAGCAUACUGUAUGCCAUUUAGUUUAGUAAGAUGAUCAUUCUGAAGAUCACUCUUAACAGUGCCUGGUCUUUCUAAUCACCCUACAGUUUUGUCUGAUCUUUCAAUUAUAUAUCAAAGGCAUAUCAUGUCUAAGCUUGUCACUUUUUAAUGCAUGCAUUACUUUUAUUAUAACAAUCUCUGUUAAAAAUGGUUCCCAAACUUUAGUACGCCAUGUUUUGUCACAAAGAAAAUAAACCUGAAGCGUUUCCAUUAUGAGCAUAAACUUUUACAAAAUUUUCACUGUGCUGUAAGAUGUCAUUAAAAACUAAACUAUGACAAGCCUGGCUUAAGAAGUAGUUAAAACUGAUUUAUAGAUUGAUAAAUAAACAUCCUUGAGGGAAAAUGCA